ACACCGACAUAGUAUGGUCCGCUCCCACUUACCAAUAUGUACAGAAACUAGAGACCCUCACCUUUCGAACGAGGUAUGUCAUGUGUUUGCUCCACGUUUUCCUGUGGCGUAAUCUCCGUGCGCAACGGAGGUUAUAAAAUCGGCAUUCUCAGCUGCUUUGCGCACAGGCGUCAUUACGCACAGCUGUAGUCCAAGUCAGCUUGUUGUUUUGCUUCGGCUGUGUUUUUGUUGUUGGAUUUAUUUUAUAAUAAUCGCGCAGAAGAGGCAGAUGACCGCUCUGGAAGCGUUGGGGGAAAUUACCAGGUUGAGCGAUAUUGACAGUGGAUUCUUUAGAUACAGCUGUGGAGUUUGAUGAGGAAGAUGAGCAACUUCUUCUCAUUCACUCGAUUUAUAAGAACCCCAGUUACCAGGGUAACAGCCACAGAUGCCGAUGAUCCGGUGUACGGGAACAGCGCUAAGCUCGUCUACAGCAUACUGGAUGGACAGCCGUAUUUUUCUGUGGACCCAAACUCCGCUACCAUAAAAAUUGCUCUCCAUGGGAUGGAUCGCGAGAUGAGAGAGGAGUACUGUGUGGUCAUACAGGCUAAAGAUAUGGGUGGUCAUAUGGGUGGCUUGUCUGGAACGACCACUGUGACCAUCACACUAACGGACAUUAACGACAAUCCCCCCAAGUUCUCCAAAAGUUUGUAUGAGUUUGGGAUCCCUGAAGACCUACCAAUAGGGAAGACAGGCGGGAAGGUGAAGGCGAAUGAUCGAGACAUCGGUGAGAACGCAAAGUCGACAUACAACAUCAUAGAAGGAGAUGACCUGGGCGCCUUUGAAAUUAUUACCGAUGCACAAAUGCAAGAAGGGAUUCUCAGGCUAAAAAAGCCUUUAGAUUAUGAAGGCAAAAAAGCCUACACACUGAAGAUCGAAGCGACCAACAUUCGCUCGGAGCCUGGCGGCAGCGGGCCCUUCAGGGACACAGCCACAGUAAAGAUAGUGGUGGAAGAUGCAGAUGAGCCUCCGGUCUUCUCCAAACCCAUGUAUUUACUGGAAGUAAAUGAGAACACCCCUAUCAACACAGUCAUAGGUACGGUCACCGCCAGGGAUCCGGACUCCACAGGAAGCCUUGUCAGGUACUUCAUUGAUCGGCACACAGAUCUGGAGAGGCAGUUCAACAUCAACGUGGAUGAUGGGAAGAUCACGCUGGCCAAGCCCCUCGACCGAGAGACAGACAUGUGGCACAACAUCACAGUAACCGCUACAGAAGUCAGAAACCACAGUCAGAUAUCAAGAGCAAUUGUGGCCAUCAGAGUAAUGGACAUUAACGACAAUGCCCCUGAGUUUGCCACCGAAUAUGAGGCCUUUCUGUGUGAAAAUGGAAAACCUGGACAGGUGAUUCAGACUGUCAGUGCUAUAGACAAGGAUGACCCAAUCCAGGGCCACUACUUUGACUAUCGCCUGGUCCCAGAGAUGCUCAACAACCCCAAUUUCACUAUCAAAAACAACCAAGACAAUUCAAUCAGCGUUCUCGCCAAGCACGAUACCUUUCGGCGACAGAAGCAGGAGAUGUACUUCCUGCCAAUCAUUGUGACGGAUAACGGGAAUCCACCGAUGAGCAGCACCAACACCCUGACCAUCCGGGUCUGUGGGUGCAGCAGAGAUGGAAUUGUCCAGUCCUGCAAUGUGGAGGCCUACGUCCUACCCAUUGGUCUUAGUAUGGGAGCUCUCAUCGCCAUCUUGGCUUGCAUCAUACUCUUGUUAGUAAUAGUAGUACUAUUUGUGACCUUGAGGAGACACAAGAAUGAGCCCCUGAUUAUCAAGGAUGACGAAGAUGUGAGAGAGAACAUUAUUCGAUAUGACGACGAAGGAGGAGGUGAGGAGGACACUGAGGCGUUCGACAUCGCCACCCUGCAAAACCCAGAUGGGAUCAACGGGUAUCUGCCACGCAAAGACAUCAAGCCAGACCUACAGUUCAUGCCACGGGCAGGGCAGCACUCGGGCCCAAACGGUGUGGACGUGGACGAAUUCAUCAACGUGCGGCUUCACGAGGCUGAUAACGAUCCAACGGCUCCGCCAUACGACUCCAUCCAGAUCUAUGGGUACGAGGGCCGGGGAUCCAUCGCCGGUUCCCUCAGUUCACUGGAGACAGCGUCAUCAGACUCAGACCAGAACUAUGAUUAUCUCAGAGAGUGGGGCCCACGUUUCAGAAGACUUGGGGAGCUUUACUCUCUGGGUGAAAGUGACCGUGAGACCUGACCUUUGGUUUGUUAGAGAAAAAGACCUUUCAGAUUUUUUUUCCUUCAACAUAUUUGUGUAUUAAAUGCUAGAGUUUGCUGGCUCAUACAAACAUGUUAAAAAGAAGAAAAAACAUUAAUAACAAGAGCAGCCACCUUUUUUGUAUUCUUUUUAGAGUGAGGUUUAGCAGUUGUCAUCCACUACGUCAAGCGCAAUGUACUUGUUGAGCCAAACAAUGUCUUUAUUAGGAGAUUCUUGUGGAGUGUAACUUAGAUUCAGUGUGGAGUGUCUAGCAGUAUUUCAGGUGUUUGUCAUUUGCCGUGACUGCAGGUAGCAGACAAAACCCUGGCAUUUCUGGUAGUUACCAAAUGAACGGAUACUGUUAGUUCCGUGAAGAUUGCAUGGUCACAAUACCCCAGUGCUCCGUGGACCCCAAGGAGGACUACAGAAGCUGCAGUAGGACUAUCUGUGUCUGCCAAAGUCACCCAGCUAAGGGGUGAAGGGGAUGAAAAUGAUAAGCAAUACCUGGUCUACAUUACAACGAUGAAUGUAUGUAUGGUUUGUUAAUAAAGCAAAAGGACUAACCAGUAUUGGCUUUAAGGUGAAAUUGUCAUAAUUUGAUAUGUUCUCCGGUGGCCACAUUUAUAGACUAUAUGAAGCCCCGAGAGGCUUGCUUUAUACAACUCUUUGUAUUUACAUGCUACACGUGUGGGUCACAAGUGUUACUAGCUUAUAAAAGACUGACAUAAAGACAAAAAACAGAAAUGUAGGAACUUUGAGGCCUUCUUUUUACAGAAGCAACAUUAAAAACAAUUGUAAUCUACUGUUUUUUGACAAGAAAUGUGUUGAUUCUUCAUUCUCGUUGUAUCUGUUCUUAAGUCUCCAUUUCUUUUCCCCUGUGCUAUUUGAAUUGAGUGUAUUUAAAUGAUUUCACAUUCUUUUUUUUUUCAAACACCUUAUCACUGUUUCAUACUAGCCAAAACAUAUAAUGAAUUCUUGCAGAUGAUGAUUAGGCAUGGGCUUUUUUAAAACGGUAUAUGUAGGUUUUAAUUUUCCACAACACAACUUCUACAGUUUAACGUCCUUUAAAUAUUAAACCAGUGAAGGCUCUGCAGUGACCAGAAUUUUGACUGGCUGUGUGGAGCAUUGAGUAUUGCAACGCUGCCCCUCACCCACAUAUUGCUGCCAGUUAGCUAGCUAAAAAGAUGCUCCCGCACCUUUGCUUCGCUUAUAAAGCAAGAAUUGAAAGCAUUUAAUACAUCAAUCGUUUUCCUCUCUACAUUUAUUGCCAAUCGGCCUAUUGACUGGAAAUUCAGACCAAAUGUCAGUAACAACCCAAGUAAUCCACACAAUUAUCAAAUUAGAUCAUGAGAUGUGUAAACUCUGUAAUGAAGUAGAAUGGUACAAGAAGUAAGUUGCGCAUGAAAAAGCUGCAAAAAGAUGAGUCAGGAAACCAGCUGAAAUAUGUUACUAUUUAAAAAAGUGAUCUUGCCACCUCUAAUAAGACAUUGAUAUGAGAUAGUUUUGGUCUUAACUUAUGAUUUUUCUAUAGGUUUCCCCAUAACCAAGGUCAUGAUGGAGAGAAGAGAGGAGGAAGACAUGCUGCCUAGGUCUCCAGUGUUGGGCUCGAACCUAGGAUGGCUGCUUCGAGAAAUGAGGCCUUCGUAUAUGGGCCGCUUUGCAACGUGCCGUGCCCCUUUGUUACAGACGUAUUUCUAAACUUCUGAAUAUUCCAGUUUGCAACAUUGUGGCCAUAAUCCAGAGCUGCAAAAAUAUAUCAAUUCCCCAAAAAUCAGCCACAAUGUGGUGCUCAUAGCAAAAUUUAUGAUAUAGGAGCCAAAAUAAUUACAAUCAGAAGGGAAAACAGAAACUAGGAAUUAAAGUUUUUUGUUCCAAAGAAGUAAAGCACUCAACCACCAUGCUCAGUCUACACUGCUAAAGAAAAAGCAUUUUGAAGGUCUUUGAAAUUUUUCUACAAGACAUUUGAAGAUGUCAGUGAAACUCUACGAGAAGAAAGAGUGGGUCGAUGUUCUGGAACCAAAAUUAUAUUCUUUGGAUGUCUUUACACAGUCCAUGUUUGGAGAAGAAAUGGACCGUGCACAUAUAAACAACAACAUUGGCUUUUUUUAACACAUGGUACUGACAGAAUUUAAAUAAUUGAAGGAAGGAUCAAUGAAGAAAUAUACCAGGAAAUACUUGAUCACAAACUGAAGAUAAAACCUUAAUUGAUUUUAGAGAAAAAAAAUAAUUCUGCAAGAAUGGCCCAGUAAAUCACUCAAUUUGAAUGGCUUAGAAAAUGUAUUGAAAUAGCCAAGUGUAUACAAGAGGUUCCCAGAACCAUCAAGAUUUAAAAACAGCUUGUAUGGAAGAAUGAGUCAAAAUCACACCUGAGCGAUGCACGCUAAUUUCCAACAAAUUCAUACUAAUUUCUUCAUACAGGAGACAUCGUACAGCUUUCACGACCAAAAUAUUCACGUAUUUUCUCCAGGUACUCCGGCUUCCUCUCACAGUCCAAACAUAUGACUUUUAGGUUACGUAUUACUCUAAAAUAAAUUGACCUUACAUUAAAGUGUACGUCCAUUGUCCCCCCCCCCCCCCCCCCCCCCCAAUUACAGCUGGAGAAAGGCUCUACCACCCACUUAUUUGCACAUAUUUUUAUUUUUUUUGUAUGUGUGAAUUGCUUGUGUUGUUGCCCAAAUCUGAUGUGAAUUUAAUGUCAAUAGCCCAUUAGGAAUAGCUAUGAUAUAUAUAUUUAUUGAGAUAAAAUUUGAUGUGUUCUUUUUGUGCCCUCUAUCAUAAAGACAAACUCAGAUUUUUUUGUAAAUCAUUCCAUUUGCAAAAACAUGGACAUUUUGGUACCAUGAAACCUUGGCAUUUUACUUGAAAUUAUUGUAUUAUGAGAAGCUCAUGCCAGCCCUGCCAAACAAUGACACAGACUAGAUGUAAGCAGGAACACUGGAGCAAAACAGAUGACUUAAUAAUAAUAACAUGGUACAAUGACAUCUCUGACACAUGCUAAUUGAAAAUAAAAUAUAACCUGGACUGUACUGAAGGGUAAAGCUAGUGAGCCUGUGAGCACAACAGUCCAAUUAGGACCCAGGAGUGUGACUUCCUUCAAACAUCAAACCUCAUUUAGCAAAGAUAGAUUGCAUUAGCCCAAGAAAAAUGAAAACACUGAUUGAGAUCAUGUGCAUAUUGUGCUUACACUGUAUGAUACCAAUAAAAUAAAGUCUUGUACUGUACAUAGAAUUACUGCAAACAUCAUUAGCUUUCAAUGAGGUGGUAGGUUUUGUCUGCACGUUAGCUCUUGCACAUAAUGACAAUUUCCAUGGCACUACAGCAGCGUGCGUACUCAAUUUGUACUGAUACAGUAUUCUGGCAGUUCUUAGUUGACAAAACGAUAUAUAUGGGAUAGUUCUACAUGCAGAUAAUUUUUUUCUACUGUGCUUUAAUGCUUAUAAAUGUGUAUGUUCAAUUAUUUACUCCCUGUACUGUAAUCUAAGAUACCCUGUAUUGUUUCCUACUUUGUGAAAUAUAUUUUUAUAAAUAUUG